CUUCACAAUGAGGAUGAUCCCCCAGAGUCUUCAGCAGCUGAGCAGCCUUCCACAUCUGCAGAGACAACGCAGGUUCCCCAGACAGCAGCCUCACCCGAAGCAGAUACUUCCCCUCCACCUUACUGUAGCAUAGCUGUAGAAGCAGCUGCAACUUCAGAACCACACAAUGAAUUUUACCCUGUACCACCUCCAUACAGUGUAGCUACCUCUCUUCCUACUUACGAUGAAGCAGAGAAGGCCAAAGCUGCAGCAAUGGCAGCUGCUGCAGCAGAAGUUGCCCAACGAGAAGAAGAGUAUCCACCCCGGGAUGAUUUCAGUGAUGCAGAUCAGCUUAGAGUGGGCAAUGAUGGCAUCUUCAUGUUGGCAUUUUUCAUGGCGUUUAUUUUCAACUGGAUUGGAUUUUGCUUAUCCUUCUGUAUAACAAAUACCAUAGCUGGAAGGUACGGUGCAAUCUGUGGAUUUGGUCUCUCCCUGAUCAAAUGGAUUCUCAUUGUGCGGUUUUCAGAUUACUUUACUGGAUACUUCAAUGGACAGUACUGGCUUUGGUGGAUAUUUCUUGUACUUGGACUCCUCCUGUUCUUUCGAGGCUUUGUUAAUUAUCUUAAAGUCAGAAAUAUGUCCGAAAGCAUGGCAGCUGCUCACAGAACAAGAUUUUUUUUCUUGUACUGAAGACUGCACCGAACAGACAUUUUUUUCCUUUACCAGUGUGAAACUUCCAGAUGAUCUGUAACCCUCCACGUUAAUAGGAUAGAAGACUGCUAAAACCAGAAGACAAAUUAGUGAAGAUACGGCUUCAAAAAUGAAUAGCAGGCUGAUUUAUGCUCAAAUGCCAGUUCUGGUCAUUCUAGUAAAUAUUUAUAAUUGCUGCCUUUUGGUUUAGCACAUUUGUAUAUGUGCUUAUUAAAGAUAUAGUAUCGAAUUAAGAACAAACCAUCUGUUAGUAUAGAUUAGGUACAGUCAGACUUGGUUAAUCUGUCCUUGUUGCAUCCGAAAGAUUUAAGUGGAAACUUGUUUCACAGCGUGUAUGUGCCACUGACUUGCUGAUCUGAACUUUGAGUACAACGGGAUGCAUGGAAUGAUUUGGAUUAACCAGUUCAGACUGUUUUUAAUAUAAUUUAGAUUCAUCUAAUGAUUGUGUAGACCAUUUUUAAGUUUACUAAAACCUGAAGUCCCUUGUUGUCACAAACUUGUAGUCACCAAUAUUUUAUCAAACUCAAACCGAUAUACUGGUUUGCUGAAAACUGAUACUCCACUUUGAGU